ACCUCAAUCACUUCCACUAUUCACCCUCACACCCAUCUCAGACUCCCUUCUUCUACGCCCUCAAGCUGGGUCAAACCUCUCAAACAGCCUUCCCGCAAGAACAACCAGAGUCUAUUAGAUCUCAUUGCUGUCCUCAGCCAUUUGGUCGCCUCCGACUUGCAGCCUUUCUUGUUAAGGCACUACUUCGACUUUCGAGCAACACACAACGACAGAAUACUAACAACAACCACAAUAUCCAGGAACCUUUAGCUAGAGUCUCUUGGAGCUCGUUCGAUUUUCGGAGCUCUCAAUACCUCUUCCUUCGGCGCAUCUGUUGCAUCCGUCGGAGAUUAACCACUCGCUUUAUCACGAUACCACAUACAUACGCUAUUCAAAAUGGCCACUGCAUCAGUAUCAACACCCAUCAAGUCCCACAAGGGUCUCUUCUCUUCCCGUACCGCCGGCGGACGGAUGCCUCUGACCCCUUCCCCCCGUCAGCAUUCGACCACCUCUGUAUCAGUGAACCUGAACUCCUCUCCCUUCACCCCUGAAAAGCAGUCGGGCAACGAUGCCUACCGUGCAUCUGGCAAGUCGACCUAUAGUGGCAACCUGACCGCACACCUGGCAAGAUCCACCACAACCAAGUCAUCCCACCGCGACUCGCCCAAGUCCAACAUUGCCCGAGGUGUCUCGACUCCCCGCAGAGCUCUUGAGCUUGGUGUCUCCGACUUCACACUGACCAGCUCUGGGGUCUCCAAGACUCCUUCUAGCGCCAAGUCUAAGAAGAGCUCCUUGAGACAAAAGACAGCCAAGACUACCGUCAACUAUAGCGGUGACCGGUUCAUCCCCAACCGUAGCGCUAGCUCCGCCAUCUCCAACGCAGGUAGCAGCAAACUUGAUCGUCCCGACAAGCGGUCCAAGGCUAGUUCUAGCGAGUCUUCAAACGUUCUUUCGUCUGCUACCGACGACGCUAUCGCUGCCCUUGAGGGCCUCAACAUUGAAGACGAGGAGCCCGCUACCUAUUCCCGUCCUUCUCCCAACACGGUCGCCUACCAAGAUUCUCUUGCGAGUGCCUGCGGCGUUAGUCUCAACACCCGAAUCCUUCAGUUCAAGCCUGCACCUCCUGAGUCUUCCAAGCCUAUCGACCUUCGUCAACAGUACAACCGUCCCUUAAAGCCUGCCAGCGCUACCUCUGCCCAGUUCCGCCGUCGCGUUGCUACCGCGCCGGAGCGUGUUCUCGACGCUCCUGGUUUGAUUGACGACUAUUACCUCAACCUUCUCGACUGGAGCUCUGGCAACCAGGUCGCCAUCGGUCUUGAGCGCAACGUCUACGUGUGGUCCGCCGACGAGGGAAGCGUCAGCUGCCUUCUCGAGACCAGUCCUGACACGUAUGUCAGCAGUGUUAAAUGGUCUGGUGACGGCGCGUACGUCGGUGUCGGGCUUGGCACCGGUGAAGUCCAGAUCUGGGAUGUUGCUGAGGCUCAAAAGGUUCGCAGCAUGUUUGGCCACGACACCCGCGUUGGUGUCAUGGGUUGGAACAAGCACCUCCUAUCGACCGGUGCACGCAGCGGACUUGUCUUCAAUCACGAUGUCCGCGUCGCGGAGCACAAGGUGGCAGAGCUGGUCUCGCACACCUCUGAGGUUUGUGGCCUCGAAUGGCGAUCUGAUGGCGCUCAGCUUGCUACUGGAGGCAACGACAACCUCGUCUCCAUCUGGGAUGCCCGGUCCCUUUCUGUCCCCAAGUUCACCAAGACCAACCACAAGGCCGCUGUCAAGGCCCUUGCCUGGUGCCCAUGGAACAUGAACCUCCUGGCUACGGGUGGUGGCUCGUAUGACCGCCACAUCCACUUCUGGAACUCUACUUCGGGUGCUCGCGUCAACAGUAUCGAUACCGGCUCGCAGGUCACUAGCCUCCGCUGGAGCCCUCACUACCGCGAGAUUGUCAGCUCUAGCGGGUUUCCCGACAACUCGCUCAGCAUCUGGAGCUACCCGACCUUGGUUCGCAACGUUGAGAUUCCUGCGCAUGAAAGCAGAGUCUUGCACAGCUGCCUCAGCCCCGAUGGACAGAUGCUUGCUACCGCAGCCGCUGAUGAGAGUUUGAAGUUCUGGAAGGUCUUCGAGAAGAAGGCGGGAACUAGCGCCGGUCUCGGCAGCAGCACCUCGUCGGCCAAGGCGGACAUGGUCAAGCAGAUGACGAUUCGGUAAAUGUCUUACCGACCAAGCCUGGCGAAUGUCGGUCCAACGACGUCAUCAAAUGUAGGUAUAUCUCCUCUGGCAUUUGUCGGUCAUGGGUUCCUGGCGGUUGGGGUCAUCUUCAGCGAGGAGUUUGGGUUUUGUUGCAUCCGACUCUGCGUGGCAUGAAAGGGCUUCUCCACGACGGGAAAUGAAAUUGCUUGGUCAUGAGUAACGGCAGACGAUACGAUACCAUUCAUUACUGGCCCAGUAGGGGACAGAUUGAUUUGUACUGCUUUUGAAGAAAUGCACCUUGAUUACGUGCUUCUUGAUCAGAGGGGGUAAGCAGUAGUUAAGUGACAGAUUGCCACCCUCAAAUAAAUAAAACUGGUUUUGAACA